ACUAUGUUCAGCCAGUCUAAUAGAACUUAUCUUCCUUCAGUAGUUUUGUAAGUAAAAAUAAUAAAAACAAAGAUUUGUCUUGUUACAAUAUAAAGUAACUGGUGUGAUCUGUAGUGCGUAAUGUAAACAAAGGGCAAAACGAAACGAAUGUGUACUUUAACACUCGAGUGAAAUGACGACCCCCAUCUGCCGUUGUCGUGUUCUCUACCUGGGUUCUGCAGUGCCCCACAUUACGAAGGAUGGCCUACAAGGAAUACAGGAACCGCUGCGGGAUUUGUACCCGGGCCAGGGCCCGCUUACCGCCAAGGGAAUAGAUUCGUGGCUGAGCGUUUGGAGCAACGGCAUUCUGUUAGAAAACGUUGACGAAUCGAGACGUCCUGUAACUAGAUUUUUUUCUAUUGACACUCUACAUUAUUGUGCGGCUGUUCGACACGUUGUUGUUCUUGAUAAAGACGGAGAAAAGGUAGAAAAAUUUCUGCCUCUAGAUAGCCCCUUUGUUCAAAAUGCUAGCCCUAACCAUCCGCCUCUGUUUGCCUGCAUACUGCGACGUACCACUGGAAUCAAAGUUUUGGAGUGUCAUGCUUUCAUUUGCAAGAAAGAUGCCGCAGCUAAUGCUGUAGUUCGCUGUUGUUUCCAUGCUUAUGCCGACAAUGUAGAAGCUCGACAGAUAGAAGAAAACCCCUACUACCUUGAUACACGCAGAAGCCGUUCCAUUUCCGGACUGGAUAAUCUUCAAAAGGUGGAAGAUUGGCGCCAUGAAGCUCUUGGUAACGGUCACUUAUAUAGUCCCGAAUCUAAACAAGGGACCAUCUCACGAGCUGCUGCGGCCAACGGAGAGGAGAACUAUAAAGUUUGGAUGGGAGCAGCCCCAACAGAACAGGAAGUAAUGUAUCUGGACAACACUGGCACAAUCCGCAGCGUCAGGUCACUAGGGAUCGGGUCAAUCAGAUCUCUUCAACCACGACAGAUGCCAUUCCCGCCUCUUCUUCCGAUGUCUUCACAUAACAUGCUUUCGAUAUCAGGAAAAGAGAGUAAAAGCAAAGCUAAAGCUGAAAAAUUAUCGAAAAUGAAGAAAAAGGGGAAACACGAACAUCUUACAGUUAAAACAAACGGACCUCCUCUUAUGGCCGUUCCAUCUAAAGCUAUUUAUGUCGGCUCGGGCCUGUACACAGAACGGAGGGGAAAAAAGGGGGAACGGAUCCCCAUCAUGCCAGUGGAAGAGCCUGUGUACAUGCCUUCUGCUAUGCCAGUCGCUCCCAAAGCGUCUUACCAGCCAGGCACGUUUCCCCACGAGAAUUAUCUCUUACAGCAUUAUGGUACAGCUCCGAGACCACCUAAACUCUCUCAGAAGAAGAAAAGAGAUGAAAAGGAGAAGACUCCAUCAGAGCUUGAGGCCUCCUUCAAUAAUGGUAUCUAUCGCAAGAAAGGUCACAUUAACGAGAGGGCCUUUUCUUUCUCAAUCCGGCAAGAGCAUCGCUCUAGAUCUAAUAGUCUGGCUAAUCUCCACUUUUUUGCCAAUGGUUCUGGUGACGGCAACGAUCCUAACGGAGAUGCUUCAGGAUCAUUCCAAACCGGGGACAAGAAAGAGUUAGAACUUGCUCAGUUGGUGAAGGGUCUGGAGCUGAAGGAGAAUGGAUAUGAAAGUCGUGGUGAUCAAGGCAACUUUAUUCGUAAACGAAAACAAAAAAUUUCAUAGAUGAGGUGUUUCCGAGGAAGAAAUACUUAAGUGUAAAGCUCAGAACAGCAAGUGGACCAGAACUAUUGUUAUAUAGAAAUCCAACAUAGCUUUUGGACUUGCAAAACAGGAUCUAUAUAAACUAAACUUGAUCGCGUGGUGUAUAUCCAAAUCCACCUUCACGCGAUUUGUGAGUUUCUGGAAAGAUCUUUGCUUAUUGUGAACUAAAACUUCGUUUAUUUUUUUUUAUUUUCUUUGUUUUUACAUAAUACAUAAUUGUAUAGUUAUACCAUCAGUCACGUGAUACAGAAAAUUCCAAACCACGAUGAUGAAGAACUUCAAAAAUUUUCAUCGCUGAUGUGUUGUGUAAUGGCGUUGGAAGACCACGUGUAGUGGAUGCAUAUAUAGAGUAAAAAAAAAAGGAAUGAAACGCUCUGCUGAAGCUGUAUCUUGAUCGGAUUGCAUCUUGAGAUCAUCAUCCGACGAACGAUCCUGCAUGUGAUUCAGAAUUUUGUGGAUGAACCUUCCGUUUUGGAUAAUGGUUAUUUUUCGUCACAUUUGCAGGUUUAGUUGGUUGUUGUUGAAAUUAAGAUUGUUUGUUAUCUACCAGACAGAAGGCGGGUAGAUAAAUUAAGUAUUUAUGUUAUUUGUUUUAGUUGUGACUAGUAAUUACUGUUUACGUGAUGAAAACAGAAUAAUAAUGCUUAAUCGUUGUAAAACAAUAAUUGUUGGUCAUCUACUUGUAACACAACAUUAGCCAAUUAACCACGAUUUUAUAGGACGUUUUUAUAUUUGUUUUUUCGUUCUGCUGACAUUACUGUACAACUGACGAGAAAUGGAAUCAGUUUCAUGUUGCUAAGUGUGAAAAAAAACAAAAACAAAAAAACUGGAAGUGUUAACAAUGCAUCAAAAAUGCCUGGAUACAUACUCUUUUAGAAUAUGUCGGUUCCAUAUUACUAGAUUUUGAAUGAUUUUGCUUACAUGAAGAUUUAAAAGUAGUGUUGGGAAAUGUAUUAAGUGUUUUUUAAAGGUUUGCUUUUUUCUUGUUUCACAUAUUUGUAAGAAUGUCUAUUACAAUAUGUUACUAAGCUUAUAUAUAUAUGGUAAUUUCUAAUUAAAAAAAACACAACAUAAUUUAUGUGGUAUUUCUCCUGCCACAAGAUGGCGCUGAAUGUUAAUUAUUCGAAACAACUGUGAAUACUUGAAUAUUAAAUAUGAAUUUACCACACGGUAUAUUUAUAUAUAUAUAUGGUAACUUUUAAUUAGAAGAAACAAACAUGAUUUGCGUAGUGUUUCUCCUGCCACAAGAUGGCGCUGAAUGUUAUUCAUU